GCAGAGCACACCUCAUUCAACCUUUGCACAACAUGUUCUUCACGUCACAGAAAAAACAAAUGAAAAUGUUAAGGUUGGUGUGAAAUGUGUGGACAGAAAGAAGGCAAUUGAAAUCUGAAGCAACAGGGAUUUUAACAGACAGGUGACCAGUUAACAGUGCUGGAGAGAAUAGCUUGAGAAGAUGAAGGGGAAAAGGCCUGAUGGCAGGCGUGGAGCUGCUGGACCCGUCUUGCUGAGAAAAAUCACCUCAGGAAGAAAGAAACCUAAUUUGUCUGCUACAGAGGAACUGGCUAAUAUUUCAACUUGAAACCACCUUUGUAUUGGCACAGAGCGGUUAUUCAGUCUUGCCGCCUAGUGGAGCUCUAAAGGCUCAGCGCCUCUCUGGUCAACAGAAAUCUUACAGACAACUACCUCCCUCAUCUGGGGAGAUGCCUGCCCUGCAACAUCUCCUGCAAGUGCAAUUAAACCUUCACCCACUGAAGAGAAUAUAACAAAGCCCAGCUGGUGAAAAGACUGAAAACCAUGAAAUCAAGAUUGUUCUGGAUCUUGUAGGAAGAACUUGACAUUCGCUAUAUGUGAUAUACACAAGCAGUCUGUUAAAGAGGAGUUAAAAGAAAGAUUUAAUUUAAGAAGGAGCAAGCUUAAAAACUCCCCAUAAGAAAGGCAUCACAAAUAAGAUCAAAGCCAGAUGGAAUCAUCAGGAAAUGAGACAACUUUUUUGCCUCCAACAACAACAAAUGACACUACAGCAACCCCAUCAGUGAAACAUACCAGUCACAACUGGGUUUUCUUAGUGGCCGUCCUGGUCACAGCCAUCUCUGUCUCCCUUCUCAUCGCUCUAUUAGCUAAAUGCCAGGUGAUAAGGCGCUACCUGGCCAGCUACAGACACACAAGGCUGAGGGAAGCAGAUGCUGUCAGCCAGAGUGGAGUAUCAGGUCUGGAGGUGGAGUUUGACAUACGUGGGGGACGUGGAAUGAACCCUCACUGCAUCCCACCUGUGAGUGAAGAUGAUGAUGAUGGCUUCAUUGAAGACAACUACAUCACACCCAAUGAGAGAGCCAGGGCUGAGAGAGCAGCAGAUGACAUAGAUGUAGACACGGAGGAAGAAAUGGAGGAGAUUGAAUAUACCAUCACUUAAUAGCAGCAUCUUCAAACACUGCCUUCCACUGAAGAGUUAUUGGAAGCUGGAAACCCCUGAGCCACCAACACCACUCCUUUUUUUUCCUUUUGUGAAAGUUUUCUUUUACAGAAUAGACAAUUGGUGAACAGCAGUUUUAUAUAUGUAAAAUAAAUUUUAUUACUACAUUAUUAUGGCAGUAAUUCUCAAUGUGGGCCUGAAUACCCAUAACAAAUCUCAUAAUAAAUAAUCAGCAUAUUCUCAUGGGAAUGCCACAUAAAAAAUGAAAAAGCAAGACAGAUUUAUUGGAAUUUAUUUAUUUAUUUUAAACAUUUGAACAAGUAAAUACUUAAUCUUUCCUUAAACAUGCCCUACACACCCAUUUCAACAUAGCCACAAAGUCCAAGUCUUUUUUUAAAGGGAUUAACAGAGAAAUAAUAUUCAGAUCAUAUAAAUAAGAUUCUGUGGUGUGGAGAGUAAGAAUACCCUUGACCCCAGGAUAUAGCAACGUUCAGGAAACAAAAACAUACAAAUAUCUUAUUCAUCAUCUGUUUGCUAAAACUUUUAAUCAUUCUUCUUCAGCUGAAAGUUGUUUGUAAGUUUUCUUGAUUGUGUUGCCUGCUUCAGAUACUCUAACAAACUUUCAUUUUAAAUUCAGAUUUCAGGUUUUGACCUGACCAUGAGACUCUGUGUCUUCUUUAAAAACAUUCCUCCAUUUGCUUAUGUUUAUUUUUACUACCAUUCUACAGAAAGAUCUGUUACAGGUAAAUUAAUUCUGGCCUGAGAGCUGCACAUUAACUUUAAACACUGAAUCAGCAAGCUGCUCCGUCCCAGAUGCUGCAAAGUAACACCAAACCAUAAUGCAUCUGCCACCGUGUUUCACUGCUAGUUUGAGUUUCUUCUCAUGUGUGGCUGUAUUCUGAACCCAAAAUUUUUACAGUUCCUUUGGCCAAACAACUAAAAACAAAAUAUAUCUUUUCCCACAACAUUAUUCUGUACAACCUGCCCCACCUUGUUCAUGAGUUCGUUGAAUUUGUUAGUUCACCGUUUAAUCUGCAGAAUAACAUGAGUUGACUGAGCAUAUUCUCCUCUACCAUCACUUUAAUUGUAUCUGUCACCAAGACAUUUGCUUUUCUCUUUAGUUCAUAACUAUUCCUGACUAAACCCCAAUUACUGCUGUCAUUACAUGACAUUGCAAAUAAAAAGGCAGAUGUUCAGCGUGAGAAGAUUUCAAAUACAUAAACCACAGAUGCAUGUAAUUAGAUUUCAAGAACCUGCUAUGCUCAGGUUCUACUAGACUAGAGGAAACAAAUGUCUGAACUAAUCUAUAUUAAGUUCAAGGAAAAUAUUAAAAGAUUUUGACAAAUUAGGCCUGGGGUUCUUCUACGUACACUGGAAGCAGCAGGACUUGGUAUAAAAGUGUGGAGUUUAUGGAGAAUUAUUUUUGUAUUAAAUUGUUUGCUGAAUCACAUUUGUUAAUAUUACCUAUUUAAAAAAUGAUCAAGUGAAAAACGUCAAUAGGAUCUUCAUGUGUUAUUUUUUAUUAAAUAAAUUAAUUGUUGUAUAAAAUUUCUGUUUUGAAAACAGACAUGUAUAUCUAACAAGCAUAGUUUCAGCACAAAAUGCUAUUUUUUAAGGACUAUAACCUUUAGAUACCCUUAAAUCUAUAGUUGGAUGAUGUCUGUCUAACUGAUUUGUUGAGUUACAUAGUGUUGCAAGUUACAGUAAAAUAGUCGUGCUACAUGUAAGCAUGGUUUCCAUAAGGGAAUAUGUUUCUUUGCAAAGUCAUUGUUGUUGAGCGGUACAUGUGUUGAUGUUUCUUAUAAAAAACUAAUCUGUGUUGUAAUUUAAAUUCUUAAACAAUAAAACAAUAGGAUGU